GAGCAGCAGAACGAGGAGCUCAAGGUCCAGCUGCAGGAGGUGGAGGGCUCUGUGAAGUUAAUGUACAAGGCCUCCCUCACUGCCCUCGAGGCCAAGAUCGCACAGCUGGAGGAGCAACUGGAGAAUGAGACCAAGGAGCGCCAGGCAGCCUGUAAGCAGGUGCGUCGGACAGAGAAGCAGCUGAAGGAUAUGCUGCUGCAGGUGGAUGAUAAGCGGAGGAACGCCGAGCACUACAAGGACCAGGCGUGGGGACCUGCCGUUUGCCCCGACAAAUGCUCAGAGGAGGUGGAUGGCAAAGCGGAUGAGCUGAGGCCAAACCUUUGAAUAAGCCUCUCUCCUGCAGCCUGAGACACAUGGACAGGCGGACACUGCAGCCUCCCCUUCCCAGACCCUGCCGCACGCCUCCCUCGACCUUCUUGGGACUGUUAUGAACGUGCCUCCCACCCCCAUCCCGUCUCCCUCCAGGCCCGAGGGUAGUUUACCUGCACGGUAGAUGCAGUAUGGUUUAAAAAUCUGCCACCUGCAGAUAUUUUGAAAGCAGAAAAACAAAAAGGUUUUCUUUUUUCCCUUUUCUACUAAUAAAAAAAUUCUGAGGCUUUCUCACUGCCUUUCUUUAGAAGAGAGUAGCUCGUCCUCACUGGUCUACAUUGGUUGCCGAAUUUACCUGUAUUCCUAACCGUUUUCUAUAUGCCGUGUUGAGCCUUACGGCAAGAAGGCAUUUUUUUUAAAGGAAACAAACUCAAAUCAUGAAGCGAUACGAAAGCUGCAUAUGCCUACAAGGCUCUGAAUUCAGGUCCCGGUUGCUGUCACAAAGGAGCGGGUGGAACUCCCGCCCUCCCCUCUAUUUUAUAUAAUAAAAGUGCCUGAGCAUGUGUUGCAGCGGUCACCACUGCAGUAAGCUGGUCUACAGAUGUUUUCCACCGUGCGUCACAAUAAACAGUGCCAUGUGCUACCA